AUUCUGGAUGAAAAUGGCAGAGAGGAGGUAUGGUGUCCGUGCAUACUAAUCUUAUUCCUAAAUUGGACGUUUUGAAAGUCUAUUUUUACUUCUUAUGAAACAGUUUGAAGCUAAUUAAGGUCUGUUCAGUCUGCCGCUGCCAUGACGCCACACGAGGUCAGUGUUAAGCGACUUGGAGCGUGUGCACAUGGCUUGUGUUGACCCAAGAAAGACAGAGUUAACAGGCUCCCAAGCUGAUGUGGCUCCUAAUGCAGUGGAGGAUAGCAAGCCGGCUGUGGCUGUUGCGACAGACUGCUGACGUACAAGAAGGGAUGCAACUUUUAUCAUCCAAGAUUCUUGCCACCAAUACGGGGGGAGAGGGCGUGAGGUUGCAAUCUGCUGCAGUGUGUGAAAAUCCAUUGUGAGUGCUGAGGAAACUUCUAACUGAUGUGCCAUGCACGUAAGGCGCAGCUGGUCCUGUGGAGAUAUCACACAUAUACAGCCGCAGGAAGGAAAGGUGCUGAGGGUGCUGCAGCAACUUCACACCCCUAGCCCUCAUUCCCAGGGUGAGGAUCCGAGUGUCCCAGCCUCACACUCAGCCACAGCCACCCAGACAGCCAGGCUGAGAGGAAGAGAGAAAGAGAGAGAGGAGAGUGGAGAGUGGAAGGGAGGGAGGGAGGAGUCUUGUUGUUGAGCUCUAUCCCCCGACUGUGUCUGCUAUACGUGAGUGGUAGAGCGAGAGAGAGAGAGAGGGAGAGAAUGAGAUGGAGGAGGGGGGCAAGUGAGGGCUGAGGAGACUGAGGAUGGAUGGGCAACGGGAAACCGUGCGAGAGGGAGAAAGAGAAGAGUGAGCGUGUGUAGGCUCAGAGUCAGCAGCGAAGACACAGAAAGUCUACAAGCGCACAUCAACAAGAGCGCAUGAGAGGCAGAGCUGACCGCCGCCAACUCUGAAGACUGACACUCAGUGGAAAGAGACUCAGAGAGAGAGAGACAGAGAACAAGAAGAAUCAGCUGAAGAGGAGAGGGACUGAAGACUGAGGACCAGCCUUCCACUAGUUAAAGGAGACACCACUGAGGGACUGUAGCAUCCGUCCCCCCAAGCAGCACAGAGGAGCACUGUCUCAUCUCGUGCAUGCGUUUGUGCCUGCCAACUCCAAUUUCACACUCGCCUACUGUUUUUUCGUAGGUUUUGCCCUCUCCACUCCCGAGUCAUGAUCCCUUGGGUCCUCCUGCUCCUGUGGAUCUCUGGACAUGGAGCUGAGGCCAUGUUUUCCCAGCAGCCACAGGACCUGGUGGUUGUUGCAGGCCAGCCUGUGACGCUACCAUGCACUAUACCUGGAUACCAUGGCGUUGUCCUGUGGAUCAAAGACGGCCUGGCGCUGGGAGUGGGCAGAGACCUCUCUGGCUAUCCCCGUUACACAGUGAUUGGCGACCAUGGUUCAGGAGAGCAUCAUUUGCGAAUUCAGCGUGUCGAGCUGAUGGAUGACGCCGUGUUUGAGUGCCAGGCCGUCCAGGCCGCCAUGAGGUCCCGUCCUGCCCGUCUCACUGUGCUUGUUCCCCCAGAGGACCCAAUCAUCAGUGGAGGGCCAGUGGUGAGCCUUAGAGCUGGGGACCCACUCAAUCUGACCUGCCACGCUGACAACGCCAAGCCAGCAGCCUCAAUCAUCUGGAUCAGAAAUGGAGAGGUCCUUAAUGGGGCCAUGUACUCCAAGACCUUGCUCCGGGACGGCAGAAGAGAAAGCACUGUGAGCACGCUCUACCUAUCGCCUUCCAACAUCGAGACAGGUCAGCAGAUCAUCUGCAAGGCCUCCAAUAAGGCAGUCCCCAACGGCAAGGAGACCAGUGUCACAAUCGACAUCCAGCAUCUUCCACUUGUCAAUCUCUCAGUGGAGCCUCAGCCUGUUUUGGAAGGAAACCUUGUGAAAUUCCACUGCUCUGCAAAGGCCAAUCCCCCUGUCACACUCUACAGGUGGGCCAAAGGAGGAAGUAUAAUCAAGGAGGUCUCUGGAGACACAUAUGAGGUCAUUGUGGACCAUUCAUUCUUCACAGAGCCUGUUUCCUGCGAAGUUACCAACCCUCUCGGCAGCACGAAUAUCAGCCGCAAUGUUGACGUCUACUUUGGUCCUCGCAUGGCAGCAGAGCCUCAAUCCUUGCAGGUGGACCUUGGAUCUGACGCUGUGUUCAACUGUGCCUGGACAGGAAAUCCCUCUCUUACCAUCGUUUGGAUGAAGAGGGGAUCUGGAGUUGUUCUUAGCAAUGAGAAUCUCCUGACGCUGAAAUCUGUGAGACAGGAGGAUGCAGGGAAAUAUGUUUGCCGCGCUGUGGUCCCCCGUGUCGGAGCAGGGGAGAAGGAAGUUUCUCUCACUGUCAAUGGGCCGCCCACAAUCUCCAGUACUCAGACUCAGCAAGCUUUGCAUGGAGAGAAGGGACAGAUCAAAUGUUUCAUCCGAAGUACACCUCCACCCGACCGCAUUGCCUGGUCAUGGAAGGAAACUGUGUUAGAGUCUGGAACAUCUGGCCGCUACACAGUGGAGACGGUCACCACAGAAGAAGGGGUCAUCUCCACACUGACCAUGAGCAACAUUGUUCCAGCUGACUUCCAGACCAUCUACAACUGCACAGCGUGGAACAGCUUUGGCUCUGACACCGAGAUCAUACGGCUUAAGGAACAAGAAUCUCUUCCUGUGGCAGCGAUCAUUGGCAUUGCUGUGGGAGCUUUCGUAGCCCUCAUUGUCCUCAUGGGCACUAUUGGAGCGUUCUGUUGCACUCGGUCCCAAAGAAAGGAAGCGCACCUGGUUAUGCCCUCACUGCCCGUCUCCAUCUGUGCUCACCAGAGAGAACUUGCAAGCAAAAUUAAGACAGAAAAUCUAAAAGGAGUCGUGUCGGCGAAAAAUGACAUCCGUGUGGAGAUUGUGCACAAAGACCACAAUGCGGCACGGGAAAAUGAAGAACACCAGUCCAUGAAGCAACUGAUGGUUGAACGAGGAGAAUUCCAGCAGGAGUCUGUUCUGAAGCAGCUGGAGGUAUUACAAGAGGAAGAGAAGGAGUAUCAGCACAUUAAGGACCCGACAAAUGGUUACUAUAGUGUUAACACCUUUAAGGAGCACCACACGCCCACUAUGGCUGUGACUCAGUCCUCUGAGGUGAGGAACCCCACCAACACCGGUACCCUGGGAAAGCAGCGGGUGCCUACGGGGAUGUCUUUCACCAACAUCUACUCCACUCUGGGAGCAGGUCCCAACCGCCUGUACGACUACAGUCAACGCUUCGUGCUGGGCAUGGGCAGCAGCUCCAUCGAGCUGUGUGAGCGGGAGUUCCAGCGCGGCUCACUCAGCGACUCCAGCUCUUUUAUCGACACACAGUGUGACAGCAGUGUCAGCAGCUACAGUAAGCCGGACGGCUAUGUGCAGUUUGACAAAGACAGCAAGGCGUCGGCCUCCUCCUCAUCCCACUACUCCCAGUCCUCCUCGCAGAACUCUGACCUCACCCGGCCGCUCCAGAAGCGCAUGCAGACCCACGUCUGACCACCAGGGAGGGAAGGAGUGUCAACACGGUGUAACAAUAGCCAGGAUUGUAAAACUGUGACUGAAUCAGCCCCUUAAGAAACACUGAAACUGGAUGCCUAAAGGUGCAUAUGGGCUGGAUGGCUUUAAGACACUCUGUGACUUGUUUGAAUUCUCAAAAAGUGGAUCAAGAAGCCUUAUAUUUCCCCCAUGCUCAACCCAUAGACCACCUCCUUGUUUUGAUCCAUAAUCAGAAUUGUGCCACAGAGAGGUUAUUUGCCAACACAGACACAACACCAGUUUGGAUUUCAAACAUUCACAACUUGCUUCUGCAGUGGUGUUGCUAGCAGAGGGCAGGCCACAAAGGCUUUGUCUGACAAUCAGCUCCCUCGGCAAAGACCAGUCUUUGUCUUUUGAAGAUUGUCAUUCAUAAAAACUCAGCACGAUGGACACGAUAAUGAGUGCAAGCCAAUCUCCCGCUGCUCUCUUGUAGUUUGAAGCACAAAAAUGAAUGUGCAUGUGGUUUUUGGUUGUUAAAGGGAUUACUCUUCUCUCCCCCACCUACCCCUCAAACACUGUAUGUUAAGCUUUCUUGUAGAAACUGGUCUCCUGUGUAGGCGGAAGAAAACUUUCUCCAUGUGCCCGCAGACGUCUUGAACAUUUAAAAGAGUGGCUGUUUAUCUCUUCACAGUCAUAUCUGGGCCACAGAGCCAGGCAGAUAAAGAGGGGCUGAGAUCUCAUUUGAAAUCCCUGAGUCGUUAUUUUACUGUGACAGUCAACGAUAAGGAACAUCAGUGUACAUAUGUGACAGUAAUUUCUUUUCUAGCAUCUAAUUUUCUGACUCUGUUUUCCCUCAUGGAGGACUCUAAAUGAGACAUGAGCGCCUCUUCUUGUCCUUAUCUACUUUGCCUUGAGGGUAUGUUUGAACUGUGUCAAUAAAAACUCUGACAAAGCGAGAUAGACAUACACUAUCAGCUCUUGUGUUGAUGGGGAAGCUGGAUCCUCCGUAGUGUUACUGCACCAAAUUCAUCUCUGAGUUAUGCAGCAGAAAGCCCACAAGCUACAACAUGUGUUACACUUGUAACUUCCUCCUGCUAACGCUGCAGAUCAUCAGCCAUAUACUCAAUGGUACCUGUACAAGGAAAUGUAAACAUUAUACUUUAGAUGAGCCUCUCAUUGUGUAGUUUUCCCCAUUUCUAAUGUCAAUAUCAUUACAGACACCAGAGCUUAGUGCAUUCUGACUGCAUACCUACCUGUGAUCGUGCUGGUCAUCAUGGGACAUGAAAAGCAAAUUGGAAAUAUGUUUUAUUUGAAUAUCUGUGGUUUAUUUUUGGCUACUGUGGAGCUAAAGUUGACACACUGAAUCUCUCAAGUGCAUUGUUUUGAUUUGUUCUUUUUUGCACUCUAUGUGCAAUACAUGAAUUCUGAUUUGUUAUCAAAUCACUGACACUGUAUUUGUUUUAGUUGAGAGUAGAGACAGAGUAGUGCUGUAACUUGCAGCCAUAUAACACUUAACAUUUCAAAGCGAGCCUGUUGUCAGGAGUGUUGUGGUCAUGCUUUGUGCAGGUUCUGAGGCAGAACAAAAAUAGCGUGUCCUAUUGUACACCCAGCGCAAAGCGUCUCGGUGUGCAGUGCGAGUGUCAUUGUUAUUUUCCACCUGACACACCCAUCAUUUUUACGCCAUUCGACCACGCUGUGUAAAUAACAAGUGAACUUGUGCCUGCGAUAGUGCCCGUGGGUGUGUUGGUCGUAAAAUGAGGCGUGGUCAGGCGGAAAGGUGACACCUUGCGAUCUUGAGUAAACGGAAAGCAGCUCUACCCUAAACAAACAAAAACUUGGUCCAAAGUCUUCAGUCAGUGUCGCAGUAAUUUCCUUCUAUUUAAAGGGAACACUAUUGAGUCAGUAAGCUGGGCAAUAGUUCACAGAGUUUGCUAUUUUUUUUCACCCCCUUUCUCUUUACAUCAUGAAACUGCUCUCACUAUCAAUAUCAGGCCAGUCUAUGAAGACAAGGACACCCUCAUUGCCAUCUCAUCACAUGCCUGCUUCACCUCAGCUCUGCACGGGCCAAAAACUGCAGACUGAGCUAUUACUUUGCGCCCCUUCAUGCGCGCACGCACUCACACACAACUAAGCAGUGAAUAUUUUUUACAAUCCCAAAACACAUCUAUCAGUGUGGAUGUUAAUAUAGACUGUGUCCAUUAUACACACUGAACAGAAUACUGAUGUGUGAUCCAGCAGCAAAAAUAAGUGAAUACAGAUUAACAAUUAAUAAGUAAUGAAGAUAGCUGCUGUGCCCUGUGUGUGAUGUACAUGCCUGAAAAUGUGGAAAGUCGCUAGUCAUUUCUGCUGUUCAGAUAGAUUGUUUCAGCAGGUAUAACAUCAAUUCAUGCAUUGAAAUAACUUUUACUGACCUGUGUGUGUUUUCUACAUUUGUAGGCGCACAGUGGAAAUAGAAAAGCUAAAUGUGCUGGUUUGUGCCUGGUGUAUUUGAGCAGAAUGGUUGAAAUCUGAUGUUUGAAUAAUAACACGCCUACCUGACUCUUUAAAAGAAUGACGGCAGACACACUGAUGAAUUUGGCUCAUGUUACGCUCCAAACACCUUUGAAUAAACAGUGAACUUAAUCCAACCUUUUUGCGCCUUGUGCCUCAAUUAGCACACUGACAGCACUGCUUAACUAGCUUAAUUUGGUCAUUCACUUUCCGCCAUCCGCUUCAGCCUGCAUACUUCAGAUCAUAAAAUAGAGCCCAAACACUACACUUCUGCUUUUUUGCAUUGAACAUUUGGAAUCAACAGCAUAUUUGGACAUAAAGCACUUAAUGUAAUGUAAUUGGGCGACAAUAUUUUUCAUGUAUUCCUACCUGUUGACUCCUACAUACCACCCUAUACUUUCUAAAUAAUACAAACCUGAUGGAUAUUUUUCUUGGAACUUAUUAAGUUGUGUAAGAAAAGGCUUUUAUUGACAGAAGGGCAACUUUUACAGUAAACAGAGAUCGUUUCUGAAACAGCCGCACUUACAUAAUACAUUAUAUGACAUUUGAUUUGAUCUUUCAACAAACUCAUCUAUCUGUUGGCUCUCAAGGUCUGCUUCAACCAUUCUUUUUUGGAUCGAUUUUGUUUAUUUCAUUCCAUUUCAUUUUUUGAAGGAUAAAGAGAAUUCCUUGGAAAAUCCAAACAGAUUGUUGCAAAGCCUUCUGAAAGCCCUUGCUCACGAUGUCAAUAUUCAUUUUGCCAAGAGAAACACAAAUAUGUGAUAACGUAUACUUUGUUACAAUACAUUACUCAGUUUGGUGCUUUUUCAAUAUCUUUCCCUGCCCAGCAGUCAAUUGGGAUGAAGUGAGCUUGGAACUAAAAAAUCUGCCUCUUGUGAAAAAACAAGCACUGCAUUUCCAACAAAGGCAAGUUGUUGUUGUAAGCACUUUACAUAUGAUUAUAUUCAAAGCAUUUGAAUGGGGUUUUCCACUUGAGUGGCAGUGGUUUGGACUGUAAUUUUACAAAUGGAUUGGCGCCCAUUGUACAGCUUAAGACAAAAAGCUCUGUUUCAACGCUGAUAAUCCAGCUUGGCACUUAGUAGACUGUAUAUAAAUCUCUAAUGCUGUCUUUCUCUGUAUAUAAUUUGUCCUGGCUUUUCUUUCUUUCUCAGUCAGAUUUCACUAUAUAAGAGCUCAACAAAUCCAUGUGGCAUCAAAACUGCAAGACAGACAAUCAUUUUCUCUCUGUUUCCUUUCCAAAAAUUUCAUCAACCUCACUUGUUUCUCACAAAUUACAUGAAAGGCUUGAGUGAGCAGUUUCUUUUCCUGCAGAUCUCAUGGGGAAAACUCUGGCUCUGUACAGCGAGCACACAGGGGGCUAUAGGAUGAGCACUGAGCUUAGCUGGGACAGCUUUGAAGUGAGAUGCAGUGAGAGGUUAUUAUACCUUUAGCCCCUUCUGAGAGAUACCAAGAUGCCCAGCAAUAUAUUGCAUUUGGCACCAGGAUGACAGUCAAGUAUGGCUUUGCCCUUUUUCUAUUUAUUUCCCCCAGCAUUUUUGAGUGCAGAAUGAAAUUCCUGCCUUGCUACCGGCAGCGGUUAAUUACAAAGUGAUCUAAUUUGCAUGGGUCAAAAUACAAUUUUAUUCAUUUAUUAUUUGCAUAUAUUAUGCAUCAUUUUAAAUGCAAGGCCUCAGAAGUCAAAGAGUUCUAAAUUUCAAAAUUAUACCAACACAGACACUCAGCUCGUCUCUCCUUAAAAAUAAAACACAUUUUCUUUUUAAUCCAAUGGAUCCAGUUUUACUUUUCUACUGCACUGAUCCAAACAUAAUGCAUUUUCCCUGUCCAGAGAAUCUGCACAGCACACAGCAAACCGAUAAAUAUUUGAUAGACCAGCCUUCUGUCCCAUCCCCCCAUGGCAGCAGCUACAGCGGGCACGAGGGUACCACAGGAAGCGAGUGCCAUGUCAGUCUUUGGGAAUCAAAGCCCAUGUGGGGGGCAAAGUCUGCCCAGUUCACCUGCGGACGCCUCUCCGGCUGGUGCUGGCAGCUUCUGUUUGCCUGCACAGCACAGAUGCCAGGGCAUAACAGAUGAAUAAACACAGAGACCCAGAACAAUUACAAGGGGUUGCUGCCCUCUCCCUAAUAAAACAAAGAAACCUCUCUGAGUGGAGGAUGCAGGAUAGUUUAUUAUUCAGAGACACUAAAGACUGGCCUGUAGUACACUGGACGUUUCUAAAGUGAGAGGCAGAGGUUAUGAGCAGGGUGAAAUGAAGACUGGCUGGUGCGUGCCUGUUAUGACUCCUCUGCCCACUGGCUAUAUCAUAUUUGUUUCUACUCAAAAUGUUUUUCUUGGUCUGAAUAAACCGGGAAAAGCGGAUGAAUAAAGGCUGAGCAAUAGUACUGCCAAUAUCUCGCCUAUGCCUGCAAUGGGUGGUUUACAUGAGGCUAUUCAAAGUCUCCCUUGCUGUAUGAUAAGUGUUACUGUCAGUGAUGGAAUGCAUAAGGGAAGAUGCCAUAUGAAAAUCUAAUUGAUCAUAAUAACCCUUUCUUUACUGUGUAAAUGCUUUCUGUCACGCUGUUUCUCUCUUUCUCUCUCACUCCUUUUCUUUUCUACCAAUCAAUACCUUGUUAGUACUUUAAUAAAAUACAGCUGAUGGGAAAGGGGCCUGGAAUAAUAGUAUUUGCAAAUAAAGCUCAGAGUUUGCUUUAGCCUGCAGGGCACACCAAGGAUCCAUGUGGUUUGUUUUGCAGCAUACAGUGUACAAUAAAUCACAGAAAAUUGAGAGAAUCACAGAAAAAGCAUUUGGAAGUCAAAUGAGUAAGCUUUCCUGUGAUUGGUUGAAUGGUUUGUAAUCCAAAUAAUGCAAACUAAAUUGCAAAUACUACACUAACCAGGUCUGAAAGAGUACUAAACUAAGGAUGGUCAUUUCAAGCGUUUGUAUAAAUAGCAAACCAUAAGCAUCAUUGUAAUAAAAAAGACAACAUGUAAAUUCUACUGGGUGAACCAUUAUUUUCAGGCAGUGCCCCUCUGUAUCUAAGAAAAAAAAGAAAAAUGGUUGUAUUUUAACUGUACUGGUCUGUGAAUCUAUGAUGCUUUUGCUCUGUAUAUUUGGAGAAUAAAAAUGAUGUUUGAGUUUG